AUGGACCCGACCAACCUGCCCAAACGCACGACUCCUCACUGGUCUCUGUACCAGCGGGAAUGUUUCGAGCGCGGAACAGCCUCGCACGAGCUUCCUCCGUUCGACACGCACCCCGACGAGCUCGAACGCCUCGCACGAGAGCGACUCUCCAUCGGCGGGUGGAGCUACGCAUCGUGCAACGCCGGACUGGGCACCACGCACGCGCGCAACCGUACAGCGUUCGACGCGUACAACAUCAUCCCUCGCAUGCUCGUCGACACCAACGCGCGAGAUACGACGACCACUCUGUUCGGCAAGACGCUCAGCUCGCCCUUCUGCAUCUCGCCCGUCGGAAUUAACAAAAUCUACCAUCCAGAGGGAGAGCUACCGGUCGCCAAGGUGGCUGGUGAGCUAGGAAUUCCGUAUACGCUUUCCACAGCGGGCAGUGUUCCGAUCGAAGCUGCUGGCGAUGCCAACAAGGAGGGUGCAAGGGAGGGGGUGAAAGGCGGGAAAGGGGCGCAGCACCAAGACGGGCUGAGGUGGUUCCAGCUGUACCUGCCGCAUCAGGAUGAUCUGGCGGUAUCGCUGAUGCAGCGUGCACACGAUUCGGGCUUCGAGGCGUGCAUCUGGACGCUGGAUACGUGGCAGCUGGCAUGGAGGCAUCUCGACAUCUCGCUCGCCAACUACGGCUUCUACAAGGGCAUCGGAAACGACCUGGGGCUCAGCGAUCCUGUCUUUAACAAGAUCCUCCAAGAGCGUGGCAUCGACGCGAAGAAGGAUGUCAAGGCGGCAGGUCGUACGUGGAUCGACCAGAUCUGGCAUGGCAAGUCGUUCUCCUGGGAUAAGCUGCCCUGGGUGAUUUCGACCUGGAAACGCAUCUCUCACGACAAACCGUUUUUGCUGAAAGGCAUCCUGUCUGUCGACGACGCGCUGAAAGCCAAAGAGAUGGGAUGCGAUGGCAUCGUAGUCUCCAACCACGCGGGCAGACAGGUAGACGGGAGCAUCUCGUCGCUCGAAGCGCUUCCCGACAUCGUAGCCGCCGUCGGCAAAGACAUGGAGAUCCUCUUCGACUCGGGUGUGCGAGGUGCAAGCGACGCCUUCAAGGCACUCGCGUUGGGUGCCAAAGCGGUCAUGAUCGGUCGGCUGUGGAUUUAUGGCUUGUCAAUUCAGGGAGAAGAGGGAGUCAGACACGUUCUGAGGAGUCUGUUGGCGGAAUUCGACAUUCUGAUGAACUGCGCUGGAUUCCGAAGCGUAGCAGAGAUCAAUUCGACGGCGAUUCGAAAGGCUGGCUGGGUGCUGCCCUCGAGGGACGAUGCCAAGCUUUGA